UAGAAUUGAAAGAGGAUAGAAAUUGAUUUGCAGAAGAUGAAGCCGGGGAUUCUUCUUCUUCAUCACUCAUGGAGCGUUGGAGCUCCGCUUCUUCUUCGCACCUCUCAUUUCCCCCAGAGGCAGAAGCAUGUUCGGCUGGUUGUAUCCGCUGGUGCAGUGGAGUCGGUGAAUCAAGGCGAGCUGACGGCGAGGGAGAGAAGACAGCUGAGAAACGAGAGAAGAGAGAGCAAGCCGGCUAACAACUGGAGAGAAGAGGUGGAAGAGAGGCUUAUCAAGAAGACUAAGAAGGAGACUAAAUCCUGGAAAGAAGAGCUCAACCUCAAUCACCUCGCAAGGUUGGGCCCCCAGUGGUGGGUCGUUCGGGUCUCCAGAGUUAACGGCCAUGAGAAAGCUGAGCGCCUAGCUCGAUCCUUGGCUCGCAACUUCCCAGAUAUCGACUUCCAGGUCUACAUUCCAUCCGUGCAAACCAAAAGGAUAUUAAAGAACGGAACACUCUCUGUUAAACCAAAAUCGCUUUUCCCUGGAUGUAUGUUUUUGAAGUGUGUUUUGAACAAGGAUAUACAUGACUUCAUUAGAGAAUGCGAUGGCAUUGGAGGCUUUGUGGGAUCCAAGGUUGGAAAUAUAAAGCGACAGAUAAAUAAACCUAGGCCUGUAGAUGAGGAAGAUAUGGAGGCGAUAUUCAAACAAGCAAAGGAAGAGCAAGAGAAAGCUGAUCAAGCCUUUGAAGAAGAGCAGCGAGGAAAAGAAGCUCCAGAAGCUACAGUAUCAGUUAGUCCUGAAGCUACAGUACCAGUUAGUCCUGAAGCUACAGUACCAGUUAGUCCUACAAAACGGGGACGGCGGGGCAGAAAAGCUUCAGAACCUCUUGGAGCAGACAAUAAGCUUUUAGUGCCAGGGUCAACCAUUCAAGUUGUAUCUGGAACCUUUUUAGGAUUUUCGGGCAUCCUCAAGAAGCUUGACAAAAAAGCUGGCCUGGCAACGGUUGGAUUCACACUAUUUGGCAAGGAAACUUUAGCAGAUCUAGAUGUCAAAGAAAUUGUUGCCGAGGUUGACUAAUACUCACAACCAUUCAUAAUCAUCAUUUUCUUGGUGGAACAAAAUGUGCAUCUUGAAGAAUUUAAUACAUAUACAGACAUGUUUCAAGAUUUUAUCAAGGUCUGCUAGGAUUUAAUGCUAGCUAUGGCUGCACCGAGACUGGAAGUGGGAAGGAACCCAUUUUGUUUCUCAUGUGUCGGUUCACAGAUCCAUAAAAUCAAUGGUGCAAGGAUCAUUUUUAUGCAAGGGUCCAGCUCUAGCAAUGAAGGUUGAAAGAAGAGUAUAUGUACCAUGAGUGAUAGAGAACAGUUUGUGUGAAGUCUGAAAGAUCCAUGCAGUCUGUAAAACAGGAAACACAAGAAAGAUACUCAUUGACAGGGUUCCUGGAAAAUGAAAGCUGCAUUGUGGCAUUGUGGAAAAUUAUAAGAUCAAAGUCUCAUGCUACAUUGGAUUAUAGUUAUCCUUAUUUCAUUUUUUUU